UUGUUACAAGUUUUUAUAUUAACAUACAGUGAUAUUGUGUAUUAUGUAUACUGUGUACUAUAUUGUACAGGAAACUUAUUAUUGUUUACGAAGUUGUUAUUUUUUGCCGUGAUGAUUUUUAUAAGUGUUAUACUUAUUAUUUUAAUCGUUGUGAGUUAUUUUAUCUUAAAUCAUCAAUCGUCCAUGGUUAAAGCCGCUAAGUAUUUGCCAGGUCCGAAACCACUUCCGUUAAUUGGAAAUGCCUGCUAUCUUCUCAGGACAAACUUUGAGGAAUUUUUGAACAGUAUGUUGAGUCUUAUGGAUUCUUAUGGUUAUUCAUCUCCUGCUCGAUUUUGGUUCGGUAAUAAAUUAUACAUUGCCGUAUAUGAACCGGAACAACUAAAGAUUGUUCUACAAAGCUCCAAUUGUUUGGAUAAAGGAAAAGUGUAUAAAUAUGCUGAGUCCUGGCUAGGUACGGGAUUGCUUACAGCUCCUGCGUCCAAAUGGAUACAUACUCGAAAAAUGAUAGCUCCGUGUUUUAACGCAUGCAUAUUGAAGUAUUUUUUCGAUACAUUUGCUGAACAAUCAUUGACAUUGGUGGACGAGUUGGAAAAACUUGCAUCGCAUGAGAAAGAAGUCGAUCUUUUUCAUCAUAUAUGGCUUUGUACCUUAGAUAUCAUAUACGAAUCUACAAUGGGGAUGAAACUGGAAUCACAAUCAAAUAGAGACAAUCGUUAUGUAAAAGCAAUUACAAGAGUAAAAGAGAUAGUGGCACACAGAAUGCGAAAUAUAUUUCUGUUUCCUAAUAUCUUAUUUAAUUUGACUCACCUAAGUCAUGAGCAACAAAAAAAUAUAACUUUGAUUCAUUCUUAUGCCGAUAAGGCAAUACAGGUAUCAAAUAAAUUGAACCAUAUGAGUAGAACUGAAAAGUUGUGUAACUCUAAAAAAACAUUUAUAAAAAUCUUAAUGGAAGCAUCACACGAGGGAAAAAUAUUUACUGAACAAAAUAUUCGCGACGAAAUUAACACGAUAUUAGUAGCAGGGAGCGAUACAACUGCUGUAACAGUGAAUUUUGUCAUCUUCGUAUUAGCGAAUUUCCCAGAAAUACAAGAGAAAGUAUAUGAAGAAUUAUUGGAAAUUUAUGGCAAUGAAAAUCUAAAUUCUGCGCCAAUCAAAUAUGAAGAUUUGCAACAUAUGGAGUAUUUGAGUCGUGUAAUCAAGGAAACGAUGAGAAUCUUUCCUAUUGUCGCUUGUGUCGUACGGCAUUUAAAAGAAGAUUUAAAAAUAGGAGAAUAUGUAUUACCGAAAGGCGCUGAAAUUUUCUUGCCAUUUAUAAAAGUACAUCGAGAUAAAAAAUAUUGGAAGAAUCCAUUACUAUUUGAUCCUGACAGGUUUCUUCCAUGUAAUGUGGCUGAUCAUCAUCCAUAUUCCUAUUUACCUUUCAGUAAUGGACCAAGAAAUUGCAUAGGAUGGAAAUAUGGAAUGAUUUCCAUGAAAGUUAUGCUAGCUACUUUGAUACGAACGUUCAUAUUCAAAGUGGACAAAAAGAUUGAACUAGAUGAGAUAAAAUUGAAUGUAACUCCAUUAUUAACUCCUAUUAAUCCUUUAAAAGUUAAGAUUAAAAAAAGAAAUAUGUAAUACAAAAUAAACAUAGAU